GCUGAUAGCGGGCGCUAACACAAUUUCCCAAAACAGAGAAAAUGGCCGGUCAAGAUGAUCCUGUGCAGAGGGAGAUCCACCAAGACUGGGCAAAUCGAGAAUACAUUGAGGUUAUCACGAGCAGUAUCAAGAAAAUAGCAGAUUUUCUAAAUUCCUUUGAUAUGUCCUGCCGAUCUCGUUUGGCCACCCUAAAUGAAAAGCUGACAGCGUUAGAGAGGAGAAUUGAGUACAUUGAAGCAAGGGUCACAAAAGGAGAGACCUUGACCUAAACCAAGAUGGUAUGCUGGACUUGGUGCUGCAGUUUGGCUGAGGAUUGAAUACAACAUUUGUGAUCAUUUCCAUAUUUGUCAUUUUUAUAAGUAUGUCUUUUUUUUUUUUUUUUUUUACAGUUUUGUAUUUGUUCUGUGGGACCACAAAAAAAAAAAUUUUUCAUACUGUGUGUAUUUUACGACCAUAGCUACUGGAAGGAAGUGCCAAAAUUCAUAUUCAGCUCUUUUACUGUGGUCAUUAUGCUUACCCAUCUCUUUCACUUGUGCUUGUAAUAAUUGUUUUACUUUAGUGUUAACAUGUAAUAAACUGUUUAAAGGUAA